AUGUUCGGCCGUCGCGUCUUUGCGAGCGCACCGCUCCCACGCCAUAUGUGGGCGAAGAUGCACAUCCAAAACGCGGCCCAGGCGCAGCGCAUCCUGCCCUCCCUCGCCAUUCUUGCUGCGGUGGAGGGAAAGCACAACAGCUUCUGCUCCGGGCUCGCCUUCAACACGCUCUGCCGCAGCAGCGCCACGCUGGGUGGAGAGGAGGGUAUGGUGAGCGAGGAUGGAAAACUUGUCUCGGCUGAGGUCGCGGCAGCGUGCGCAGAGUGGUGCGCUCAGGCCCUUCGCUCAGCGAUGUUGCCGCUGCAACACUUAGCGUUCAGCUCUCCCCACCCAACGUGCCUAACCUGGCAGACAAAAAUGUUGUACUGA